UUCCCCUCUUCCUGCUCAUGUCCUCCGACCGCGCUUUAAAAAAAAACGCUGGCGACGAUGUCUGUUUCACUUUUUUUGUUGGCUUCAAAGUGAGGGAAGGAAGGUUUUUUUAAAAAAUAAAAAUAAAAAAAUCUCAGCUCAACAUCCCAGGCAUCAGCUUGGUUUGUGGAAUGAAAAUAAAGUUUUUUUCUUCCAUCUUCUAUUCCUCCCCAAAACCUUGACCUAAAAAAGGGGGGGGGGAAGAGGGGAAGGGAAAAAAAAAAAGGACUCUCCCUUUCUUUUCCUCGAAGGGGCUAUUUCAGCCGGCCUACGACUCCCAGGAGCCCCUGCUCCCGAUGACGUCAUUGGGCAGCGACCGAGGCAGGGAGCGGGAAGUUUGCACUGCAAGCGAAGCCAAGGAGUCAUGGAGGAAAAGGUAGCGAAGGUCACUUCAUGGUUGAAGAAGCUUUUUGGGGACCAGCCGGUCCCUCUUUACGAAGUGAACGCCCGGACGGUGGACGUCUUGCAUGAGCUGGCCGAAUGCAACGAGUCCAGAGAUGGGGAUGUCCGCUUGUUAAUUGAAGAUACGAAGCAGAAAGCAGCGGAGUAUGAGUCAGAUGGCCUCUUCCUGCAGGAGCUGUUAAUGGAGAGUCUGAAUCUCUCCCCCAGCAGCCUAUCGAAAGCCAGCACGAGCUACCUAAACAACCUAGUGGAUAUUGCCGUGGCUCUGGAGACAAAGGACACAUCUCUUGCCAGUUUUAUUCCUGCCAUCAACGACUUGACUUCUGAUCUGUAUGGAGCACAGUCCAAAAACAAACAACUCGAACUCGAACUCAGCACCCUGAGGAGAAAGCUCACAUCAGCGCUUGUGCUGGAAAAACGCCUUCAGGAGGACUUGGUGAAAACGGAAGAUCUCCUGUUUGUGGAAAGAGCAAAAACGGACAGCCGCAGGCAGUACAUGAAGUUCCUCAUUGAAAAAUCAGAAGACAUCAAAUGCCAAAUUAAAUCCACUGAGGAGCAGCUGUCUGCGAGUGGGCUGGAUGCUUCCCUGACACACGACUCACUGGUGACUCUUUCGGAGAAACUGGCAGAUUUGAAGAAGCAGGCAGUUCCUUUAAAGAAGAAACUGGAGUCUUAUCUGGAUCUCACACCGAAUCCUUCCCUUGCUCGAGUGAAGAUUGAAGAAGCCAAGAGGGAGCUGGAAGCACUGGAGGCCGAGUUUUCGAGGAAAUUGGACAUGACUGCACUUUCAGUAACUUUACCUACCAAGCGAGCAUUUGUGUAACCGUUCUGGGGCAACAAUUGUGGGUGCGGUCAAUGUUGGUUUCUCUAUUCCCUGAACAGAACAGAACCGUAUUCUAUAUAAAUUCAUUUGUCUCCCUCCCUAGGACUAUGUUAUAGUAGUCAGUCUUUCUGAAUAAAAACUUUAACAUAA